CUGUCCUCCAUCAUCAAGCAGCCCCGACCACAGACCGACUGGAUCGGGGAGCUUGAGGACUGUACGACGGCGAAAAUAUUGGAGAAACAAACGUGUUAAAUUGCGGUUUUUUAUCAUGUUAUUAUGGUGGGACUUUUACUUGAACUACUACGAAGAAAUAGCGUCGAAAUGAGCUCAGCACACGCAGAGAUAAAUUAAAGAAAGAAGGAGAAAAGGUCGGUGAUUGUGAUGUCGGACUAAAUCCGGCCGGUUUCCUCGGCUUCAAGACUACAUUUCCCAUGGAGCUGUGCGCUGACACACAUACUGUUGUACCAUGGAGCCACCAGUCAGGGUUUUGGACCCAAAGAGCCAGUGAGACAGAAGAAGACCUGAUAUUGUGAUAUCACCCUCCCCGUCAUCUCCCCCCUUUUUGCAUCACUCCUGCCUCUUUUCCUGCGGAUCCUCAUCUUCUCUGAGGCCUCUUCGGGCCCCCCCACCUCCCUUGACUCCUGUUGUGGAUUAUUAAAAACUUUUAUCAAGACUCUUUGAGUAUCAGCGGACCAGAAAGCUCCUGACCACAGAGCCCGGCCCGGUCUGGGCCCAGUUCCGGUCCGGUCUCAGUCCGGUCUCUGCUGCAGGAUGGCAGGUCUACCGCUCUGUUUGGCUGUGAUGGCCGCCGCUCUGCUGCUGACCCUCGGAGCCGACGCUGCAGGUCAGAACCCGGACCACGUCCUGCAGGGGACGGGGGUGAAACCUGAGGCCCGGCGGCCCGGCGAGGACUCGACGAUUGCUCCCGAGGACGCCGCCCGUUUCCUCAGCUGCUCGUGCUCCGGACACUGUCCCGAGGACGCCAUCAACAGCACCUGCCAGACCAACGGUCAGUGUUUCGCCAUCAUCGAGGAGGACGAGCACGGGGAUGCCGUCCUCACCUCCGGCUGCAUGAAGUAUGAAGGAUCACACUUCCAGUGCAAGGACUCUCCCAACGCUCAGACCAGGAGGACGAUCGAGUGCUGCAACACCGACUUCUGCAACAGAGACCUGCAGCCCACCCCCCCCCCUCAGCCUCCCCCCGAUGGCAGCCCUCACUGGCUGGCCUUCCUCAUCUCGAUGGCGGUCUGCUGCUGCACUCUGAUCUGUGUCACCGUGGUCUGUUACUACAGGUACAAGUGGCAGAGUGAGCGUCAGCGGUAUCACAAGGAUCUGGAGCAGGAGGUCUUCAUCCCAGUUGGAGAGUCCCUCAAAGACCUCAUCCACCAAUCACAGAGCUCCGGCAGCGGCUCUGGGCUCCCCCUGCUGGUGCAACGGACCAUCGCCAAGCAGAUCCAGAUGGUGCGUCAGAUCGGUAAGGGGCGGUACGGAGAGGUGUGGCUCGGCCGCUGGAGGGGAGAGAAGGUGGCCGUCAAAGUCUUCUUCACCCGAGAGGAAGCCAGCUGGUUCAGAGAGACGGAGAUCUACCAGACGGUCCUGAUGAGACACGAAAACAUCCUCGGCUUCAUCGCGGCUGACAUCAAAGGCACCGGUGCCUUCACGCAGCUCUUCCUCAUCACAGACUAUCACGAGAACGGUUCUCUGUACGACUACCUGAAGCUGACCACGCUGGACACGCAGACCCUGCUGCGGCUGGCGUACUCCGCCGCCUGCGGCCUCUGUCACCUGCACACCGAGAUCUACGGCACGCAGGGAAAGCCGGCCAUCGCCCACCGAGACCUGAAGAGCAAGAACAUCCUGAUCAAGAAGAACGGCGCCUGCUGCAUCGCCGACCUCGGCCUCGCCGUCAAGUUCAACAGCGACACUAACGAGGUGGACGUCCCCCUGAGCACCCGGGUCGGGACGAGGCGCUACAUGGCCCCCGAGGUCCUGGACGAGAGCCUCAACAAGAACCACUUCCAGGCUUACAUCAUGGCCGACAUGUACAGCUACGGCCUCGUCAUCUGGGAGAUGGCCAGACGCUGCGUCACCGGAGGUAUUGCGGAGGACUACCAGCUGCCGUACUACGAGAUGGUUCCUUCUGACCCGUCGUAUGAAGACAUGCUGGAGGUGGUUUGUGUGAAAGGACUCCGGCCGACGGUGUCCAACCGCUGGAACAGUGAUGAGUGCCUUCGGGCCAUGCUGAAGCUGAUGUCAGAGUGCUGGGCUCCUAACCCCGCCUCCCGCCUCACCAUCCUCCGAGUGAAGAAGACGCUUUCCAAGAUGGUGGAGUCCCAGGACAUCAAGAUCUGACCGCCCUCCUCCUCUUCUUCCUCCUUCAUCCCACCUGAACCCUGAACACACUCGACCUGCUCAGGCUCAGUGCAGCCCCUCUUCAUCAGGAGGAGGAAGAGGAGGAGAAGUUGGGAGAUAAUAAUAAUGGACCCAUUUCAGGGCUGAACUGUGCGUCUCCUCCUCCUCCUUCCUCCAUCUUCAGUCUGUCUGGAAACAAACAUGGAGUCCUUCCUCCUCCUCUUCCUCCGCUCUCUGCCGGGUUUGACGCUUUCUGUGAAAGCCAAACGAGGCGAUAAAGAUAAUUAUGAUGGAGGGAAGAGAAGGAGAGCUCUCGAUGCUCGUUGUGAAUGAACACAGAUUUAUUUUUGUUUUUUUUAAAGGACCCUCGUCACCUUCCUCAACUUCUGCCUGUUUCAAAACGCAAAAAAAGCAGAUUUUUUUGUUGUUACUUUCAGGACUGAGUUCUCCUGCCAUAUUGAAAUAUAUCUCCUCUAAAAAGUAGAGUUAAUUAUAAAAAAAAGGUACUAUUAUAACAUGUGAAUUUUAACGUGUAAAUAAAUGUUAUCAUAUCGUGCCUCCUCACGAGAGGAUUUAAAACACAACAGAACACUGUGCUGCAGUGGUGUUGACGUCCAGCUGACUCCAGGAGACGAUGAGUCACCACAGAGACGUCUACCGUCCUGUCCAUCUGUCUGUCCGUCCGUCCGUCCGUCUGUCAGCUGUCUGUCUGAAGGUUUGAUCAGUUAUGAAGAGGUUGAGCUGCUCCGGUGUCACAAAGAAACCUGAUUGGUUUAGUUAAACCUCAGUGGGUGGAGCCUAAAGGACCAAUAGAGAGGUCCCUUAAAUGGAGAAAUGUGUGUAAUUCAUGGCACAAUUCAAACAUGAUCGAAGAUUUCUGUCUCUAACCGUUUACUACCAGACAUAUUUUUUCUGAAAUAAUGUCCCAUGGUGGUCCACCGGAACAAGAACUGCAGAAAUAUGCAAAAAUAUCAAAGUAAAUACGCCCUUUUUGCUCUGCUUUAGCUCGUUCUGACUCCCUAAAAACCUCUGGAUCAACGCCCACAUCUCUUAAUUUGCAGUUUUUAACAUUUCAGGCUACUAAGUAAAAGGAAAGAUGAAGUCUCAGACGUUAAAAUUUCAAAACAUUUUUAAAUAUGGUUUAAAAAAAAGGACGUGACUCCAUUUAUAAAUAAAACAAAACCAGUUGCUCUUAAAAUUGUUGCUGUAAUAACUUUGGCUCCUCCCACUCAGGUUUCACUCUUCAAUCAGAUUUAUUUCAAUAAUUAUUCAUUCUGCAUUAAAAGCAUUACUUAAGUUGCAGUUUGGGACUUUCUCAUUAAUAAUAUUUUGGAAACAAGUCCAGAAUGUUUAGCCUAGCUUAGCACAAAGACUGGAAGCGGGGGGAAACUGUUAGCUUAGCAUGAUAAAGUGCUCUAAAUAUUUUUGGAUUGAUGCAUUUAAUCUGGGUUUUUGGAACAGGUUUAGAAACAAAUAUAUAAAAUUAAACAUUUUAGUAGCAGUUAGCAUUUGAGCUAGGCUAGCAGCUUCCCCUAUGCGUUACAGUAUUUGUGCUAAGCUAGGCUAAACGCACCCUGGGCCCAUCUCUGUACUGGACACAUUCACCUGAAAUGUUGGACUGUUCCUUUAUACUCCUCAACUGUCGGAUGAUGUGCACGUGAUGGCUCGGUGUGUGUGUGUGAAUGAAGCUAACCGAUCAUAGUUCAUACAUUUAAGAGCAGCGACUUUAGUGUUUUUCUCUGUAAUAAAUAUGCAGGACAAUGUAUAGGAAUAAUCUCUAAUAUGUAAAUCUGUAAUGUUUUGCUGUUGUUUUGUACAGCAUCUGGUUCGGUGCCUUAUGAGUUUACCAAGGAAAUGAUAAACUCUGUAUACAGUCUGUCCAAUGUAACAAUUUUUAAGUAAAUAACCUUAUUUUAGUACACAAAC